UUCAGAAGGAGUGGGAUGCGAUGGGCGUCACGUGACUGCAGCACAUCACCUCAGCCCCCCCCAUCCUCCUCCGCUCCACACACACUCAAUGUAAACACCGCUUUGUCUCUGAGCCCGUGGCUGCAGCUCUGCACUCGCCAUGCCAUGGAUGCUUUAUGGCAAUACCAGUUCAGGAUCAUUUUACUGGGGGACUCGACGGUGGGCAAAUCAUCUCUGCUCAAGAGGUUCACGGAUGGCGUCUACAGCGACGUCGCGGACCCCACGGUCGGCGUGGACUUCUACGCCCGCUCUCUAGACAUCGAGCCCGGGGUUAAAAUCAAGCUACAGCUAUGGGACACAGCCGGACAGGAGAGAUUCAGGUCCAUCACUACUUCGUACUAUCGCAACUCUGUGGGCGGCCUCUUAGUCUUCGACCUGACGAACAGGAAGACCUUCGAUCACGUGCGGGAGUGGCACCGAGAGGUCAGAGAGCACAUCCUGCCUCAUCACAUGGUCUACAUCCUAAUCGGCCACAAGAGCGACCUGAACCGCGACCGCAAGGUGACUCGGGACGAGGCGGAGCGGCUGGCGGCCGAACUCGGCAUCCGCUACGUGGAGACUUCGGCCAAGUGCAACAGCAACGUGGAGCGUGCUUUCGAGCUGCUCACACGGGACAUCUAUGAGCUGAUGAAGAUGGGCGAGAUCUCCACUCGCGACGGAUGGGACGGGGUCAAGAGCGGCCUCACCCCUAAAGUUCUGUACCCCGCCGAGGAGGAGGCGGAGCGAGAAAAGAGCUGCAACUGCUGACUCCCACAAGCCACCAGCAAUCGCUCACCUGUGUAUCAGUCGCUCGUCGCUUUUACUAACUUGUCUCAUCACGGUCACUGCCUCAGGCCUGGACCGCUGCUCUUACCUUGCUGUCGCUGUCUGAGGUCAAAGGUCUCUCAAAGGUGUAGUAUAUUUGGGCUUGAAUGGACUAAAUUGUUGGAGAUCACAUCAUGUUCUGAAGUUUGCACCAAUCUUGUGCAGAUAAAGGAUUUUAGAGUCUAGUUGUACUUCACCUCCUCUGGAGCUAAUAUGGUUUAUUUUGGCUUGCUCCUUUCCCUUUAACCGCUAUUACUAUAGUACAGUUAACAUUUGAGAGAACAUAUCAUAAAUGAAGACUUAUCUACACUUAAAUACUUCAAAGACCCUAUAAAAUGGCUUGACUACAUGGUUUUCUUUCCUGUGUUGACAUGCUUUAUUGACACAGGAAGUUGUAGACGGACAAAUGAAUUGUCCUUAAAAAAAAAAAAAAAUUUGUCCGAUAGCCAUUAGUUAGUGUCGGUGUAAUGAGCCAUGCUACGUUCUGUGGCUAGUCAGUGGCUGGUGGUAUUAGGAGAAGGACAUCUGAGAGCAUCAUAUUUUCCCAGUAGCAAAAUAUUGUAAAGUGUGUGUUUUUAAUAGGUUUUUAGGACUACACAUAGCACAUAAAUGCAAUCUACUCAUAAGAGCCAUGGACUGAAAGCCACAAAACUCUUUAAAUAAGACAAACUUUUAAAAGUGAAAACUGGCUGGUAGACACAAUUUAUAGGUAAAAAGGCAAAACUAAGGGGCCGUUCACACAGAAUGCAUUUUACCAUUCCAAUGUGCUACUUUUCUAUCGUGUUUCUAUGUAAACACAUGCUAAACAGUCAUGUAUGACCAUUACGCUUGCUUCUUUUACACUGCCUCGCUUGAGCGCUGAGUUUUAAAGUAUCAAAUAAGUGUCAAGUAAAAAGUUUUUCAGUUUUUACACACAGCACUGUUCGUCAAUGUCAGUUCCAAAACAGUGGACCAAUCAGAAGACCCCGGAGGCGGAGCAAGCGUUAUGAGCUUUUGUGUACAGUAGCAAGUUGGCAUGGCAAUUUCUUAUCAGAACCUGUUUCUUAAAAUAAAAUAAAAAUCCUUAUUACAUCGCAUCUCAAAAGCGUGUCUCAGGAACCUUGCGUUUUGUGCUGUUUUAUUUAUUUAUUUAUUUUUAUUUCAAACCAUUCUAGUGCUUUUAAAUGCAAAGACUCAUUCUGUGUGAAUGCCCCCCAAGUUGGUUUUUACAUGACACUGUUAUCAACUAAAAAUUGAAAAAAAAAUUAUGCAUUUGGUUUGAAAACAUAUUUGGAAAAAAGUGUUUCAAAUUGUAUGUUUUUGGAAACAAUACCAUUGUUGUCUCCAUGUAAACAGUAAAAAUUUAAAUUGUAGAAAAUUAUGACAUCCAAUGUUGCCAGAAUGGAAAUGUCCAAGUAUCGUACCAGAAGCUCAAAAUAAUAAUAUUUGGGGGUGGGGGGGUUAUCGUAAACGAGUCAAAUGUAAAGUAAAUAGCUACUUUUCCAAAUCAACAACUUUUGGACAUGACCUGCAAAUUACCACACUGGAUAAAUAACUAGCGGUACCUUACACCAAACCCUAACCCAAAAAUCAACAAAAUACUAUAUAACCCAUUAUAAUCAGUGACGCUACUCUGGAUGCGUUGAGACAUGACGCGACACGACACAUCCCCGACAGUAAACUGAUGCCUCGUUCUGUUUAUGACACACUGACGCAAAGUUCAAAUUAUUCAAAUUAAUUGAUUUAUUAAAUUACUGACUGAUCAUACAUUGUACAAAACGUCAAAAGUAUCGUACAAAUACGAUAAUUAUCGUACAUCUGGCAACACUGGUGACAUCAUGAGCGUGUGUAUUAUUCAGUGUUCAGUCUAUAGGCUUGCACAAGUUUCUUAAACUGACAUCGCCAACUACUGGCCUGGCAUGCAUAUUACAGGAAAUCUUCUGAAAAGCAAUCUUUGUCGUGUAAACAUACCCUAAACUCUCCCUCAAACUGAUCGCCGGGUCUGCAAACGUAAUUUUGCACAUUCAACAAUCCUUUACUCCUUAAUUGGUUAGUUCACUCAAAAUGAGUCAUUAAUUACUUACCCUCUUGUCAUCGUGCUACUGUAAUGAAUGUGCAUGAAAGACAGGAAAGGAAGAGAAGAAAUUGUUGAUUAAAGCCAUUAUUUAUUUAUUCAUUUGUGCACAAAACGUAUUCUAGUAGCUUUGUAACAGUACAGUUGAUCCACUGAUGUCACAUGGACUAUUUUAACGAUAAACUCAUGGCACUUGCUUUGCUUUCUAUGGAGGGCCAGAAAGCUCUCGGAUUUCAUCAAUAAUAUCUUAAUGUGUGUUUUGAAGAUGGACAAAGGUCUUAUGGGUUUGAGACUACAUGAGGAAUGAGUAAUUACUGACAGAACUUUUGGGUGAACUAUUACGAAAUACUUUAAUAAUUCAGAAAAUAAUCAUGAAUGCAAUCUACUGUAAAAGGUCACCUUGCCAAUGGAUAUGUGAGUAAUAUUUUGUAAUAUCUUUUAAUGCAGUAUUCAUUUUCUAAAACAAUUAGCUGUAAUCAUAUGCUCUGUUCUAAAAUCUAGUGAUAUGCCGUCCUCGACAGCGUGAUGCAUUCCUGACACAAAGCCUGAUCCUACAGAGAGUCAGCAACAUUAUGCCACCAUUGAAAUCACAUAUUAUUACUACAUCUCAUUCAAUGCUGGAAAAUAAAUGGACUAUUUUACCCAGUAUUCGUGGUGCUAUGUAUUGCCUGUGCUUAUUAGAGUAUCACUGCAUGCAAACAAGUCUAAAACUAAUGUGUACCACCUAUGUGUACCAUUACAAUUGAAUAACUUAUAACGAUCCAAUGGUUCGGAUGUCACCUUACACCCAAAGUAUGAAAACUUCGGAGAACAUUGGAGUAUUGCCACCUGAGCAAUCUGGCAAUGCUUGCACCAUGCUGGAGGUUAAAUGUACACCACUCUCACUGUAUGCAUACUCUAGUGUAAACUUAAACGCUGAAGUAUACGUUGAGUUCACUAGAGAUUGGAACAGAGCAGCAGAGAAAAACCAAACAUGCUCAAAUACUCAAAGUUCUCCAUAUUAGAAAGAUUUAUCUGAACUAAAUGAGCUCCACCUGCUGUAGUUUCCACUUAGCAGCAAUGUACUGUAACAGGUGACCAAAACAACUAAGCAAUCCCAAAGACUUGCUGGAAGUUCACACCAAGCACAAUAUCUAUAACAACAACUAUAAUCAUAUCAUAUAAUCAUUCGAUUCCAAUCAAAAUCCACUUGACUUUAAUGAGCUUGAAAAUUGAAAGUGGCAGACGAAGAUCUGCCUUGCGUUCUUAUAAUAGACAAAAUGUCGUCAGGCAUUGAUGUGGACGCUAAUAUAGCGAUCCGUUGAGUUAUAGUUAUGAUUCUUGUGUGUAGGAGGGACCUGAGGCUUGUGGGCAGUGGGUUCAGUAAGACGCUGAGCAGAGGUUUGGAGGCAGCUUUGCUCAUGUGUCGUCGGCUUUACUGGCUGUGCUUGUACAUAUGUUUCUGUACGACCAAAGGCAUUGUAAAUAUCAGCAGGGCACCAUGUAUUUACAUGUCAGGUGGAAGCUAAAGGUUUGUGUGGCUUAACCACAGCUAAACAUGCUACACAGACUCUAAUUCAGAACCAGGAUGACAACAGAGUAUGAGAAGGUCUUCGUGCCAGAGGAACAUCAGAUUUGUACAAUUAGUUAUAUAUUAUUAUUAUAGAUUAAUUAGUUAAAGUGUGAAAUUCUCCUAAACUGCCAAAUUAUCUUCUGUAAUGCUAUGUGACCUUGGACCAGAAAACCAGUCAUAAGGUUUUUUUAUUUUUUAUUACUGAGAUUCAUACAACAUCUAAAGCUGAAUCAAUAAGCUUUCUAUCAAUGCAUGGCAUAUCAUGUCAAUUUGGCUGAGAUAAAACUAUCUGAAAAUCUGAAGGUGCAUAUAAAUAAAUAAAUAUAAAAAAAUGGCCUUUAAAGUUGUCCAAAUGAAGUUCUUAGCAAUGCAUAUUACUAUUUAAAAAUUACAUUUUGAUGUAUUUAUGGUAGGAUAUAUCUUCAUGGAACAUGAUCUGUACUUAAUAUCCUAAUGAUUUUUGGCAUAAAAGAAAAAUACAAUGUAUUGUUGGUUAUAGAUACAUAUAUACCUGUGCUACUUAUGACUGGUUUCGUGCUCCAGGUCUUAUAAAGCUAAACAAAGCUGAUCAUAUGCAGAACCGAGACUUCUCCUGACAGAAAAUGAGACACAAAUCUGUUGCUUUUGGUCCAUGUGCUUUAGGACAAUCAUUCCUUUGCUCAUUUUCACAGCUUUAUUGUGCAGAUGAAAGAUAAAUCAGAUAAAUGUGGGUGAGGUCGCAGAAAACUGUGUAUAAAUGAGUAAAUAAGUCCAACUUUUCAUCCAACACUAGAACUUACAAGACACAGGGUUUAUUUAUAUAGACGUUAAUGUGUUGGAUUAAGGCUAAGUUCACCAACACAAUGCACAGAUGUAAAAAUAGCCACAUGCAGUGUGAAAACAUUUUCUGAACGUGGCAUUUGAAAUUCUGAUGGGUUGAUAAAAUUUGAUUAUUUUAACUUUGUAACAUGUAAAGGAGUGUGUUUAUUUUAUUCAAAUAAAGAUCCGAAGGACUGAAAUAUGUGACCACAAUGCUGUUGUGUUGCGGUCACUGAACGGUUUUGCACAAUUUGACUAGUUUCUCUGGUAACUGCGUUCAUUAAUACUCACUCAUGGCAUAUUUAACAGCACAUAUUGCUUCUCAAGUACUAGUUCACAUAUGAAUGCAUUAUAACAAUGAAAAUCACUCAUGGUGGUGCCAAAUACAUUGUACACAGGCCCUGGUGGUCAAAAGAGAACCGCUCAAUGACCCCAUUUUAAUGAAAUUGGUUGCAGGGAAAUAAAUCCAAUAGCUAGUGUAAAUGGACUAAGUCUAUUGUGUAUUAUAGAUAGAGAAUAGAAGAGUUCAGGGCUUUCAUUAGUCACCCACUGUCACAUAAACACAUCUGUAACAGGCCUUCAUCACUGGUGUGGAUGAGCAGAGUCAACUGUAUUGCACAUUUUAAAUGUUAAAUCUACUGUAAUUAUUGCUAAUAGUAAUGAUACAUCAAGCUCUGGGCAUUGUAAACUGUCAAUAUAUUUGCAUUGUGAUUUGGUAAAUGUCAUAUAAGAUUCAUUAUGUUUAAAUAAAAUUAGAAUUAAGAUCA